CGACAGCGCCAAGCGUAUUUGGCGGGACCGCGAUUAGACGGCGUCGUCUGUGCUUCUCGCAAGUCUGUCGUGUAGCGAACCGCAAAGACUCUUGUCAGAUAAUGGCUGGCGGAAAGGCGGGCAAGGACUCUGGUAAAGCGAAGGCAAAGGCGGUCUCUCGUUCAGCUAGGGCCGGCUUGCAGUUUCCAGUCGGUAGAAUUCAUAGGCAUUUGAAAAACAGAACCACAAGUCACGGUCGAGUCGGUGCCACCGCGGCGGUAUACAGUGCAGCUAUCUUGGAAUACCUCACUGCUGAGGUACUGGAAUUAGCAGGAAAUGCAUCUAAAGAUCUGAAGGUUAAACGUAUUACGCCGAGACAUCUUCAGCUUGCUAUUCGUGGUGAUGAAGAAUUAGAUAGUCUUAUUAAAGCGACCAUUGCAGGAGGAGGUGUUAUUCCACAUAUCCACAAGUCAUUGAUCGGGAAGAAGGGUUCACAAAAGCCAGCAUAAUUUAGUGAUUUGUUUAAGAACGUUUGAAGUAUAAUAGGAAAAACAGAUGCAGAGCGGCCGAGUGAUUGUUGACAAAGUGUACCUACGUUACUAAAUUGAUGGCGAGACUGGCGUGAUAUAUAUAUAGUUAUAGAUAUAUAUAUAAAUAAAGCAAAUAUUGAUAUAAUUUAAUAUAGGCAAUGAGAGUUAAAAAAAAAAGACAUUUUCAUCACUUGAUUGGCAUUCAAAACAAAAAGAGUUAACAAUAUAGGUUUAAAAUAAAUAAAUUUUAGUGUAUGCUGCACUGCAAUUAUUUGACGAGCGAUGUGUUGUAGCAUGGCUUGUUCAAAACUGCAGAUAUCUUUGAUACUGUACACGGAUACUAAACGUUUUGAAAGUUAGAGUAUUUAAGGACUUGGAUGUGUCAAUUGUUAUAUGUAUAGUUUUAGAAAAAUGAAAAGAAAAUGAGAAAAAUUGCUUUGGUUCUUCCGUUACGUUCAUCACGUUAUACUAUGUCUUUUUUAAUUAUGUCGUGUGCGACUAACAAUGUUUUUAUACGAUUUCCUAAUAAGAAAUAUCAUCACAGUUAUGUUGAAGAAAGCAGGAUCAAGUAUUAAUAGCCUUUAUGUUUUUUAUUCUAUUGUCAAUCAACUUGAAAGGUCUAAUUUUUUAUUUACUUUGAAAUAUCUAAUACUUACAGUGCAUGUAGUCACAAGUAAAGACAGAUAUAUAAUCAUUCUUGUUAUUAAAUACUCUUAACUGUCUCUUAGCAGUAUAGAAUAUGCAUAAAUAUAUCUAGACAAGAGAUAUAUUUUUUUUUUUCAUUUUGGAUGAUUAAUAUGGGAGAAAAAUUAUAUUGUCAAAUAUGUUUAAUUUUUUCAAGUUUUCAGUCUCCUUAGAAUUAUCGUAGGUAUAUAAGAUCACAAAUAAACAUUUAUUUCCAUUCUAUUAACUUAAUAAAAGUUAAUAACGUCUACAAAUCAUAAUUAAUGGAUCUCAAAGAUUAAACUGACAAGAAAUUAUACGCAGCUUGUGUCACAUACAGUGUAUUAAAAUUCUGAGACUGGAAUCUUUGAAACUCCAAAUCUUUUACUCGUGUAAAAGUAUAGUAAGAAACAUUGCACUCUUUCUAAUGUAAUUCCAGUAGGGUUCAAUCAAUGUAAAUUCUAUAGUAGAAAGAUUGACUAAAUCCGAAGCAUACAAACACGAAUAUACAUUCUUCAGAAACAAAAUAAUUACCUAUCAUUUCAUUUUAUUAUUCAUAAAGCUAUUGUUACUUGUGUCAUUUAGCGUAAUUCUUUCGCUGUACCUUCGGUAUACUAUACCACCUACUAAAUAAUCAGCCAUAUGUAAAAUGUUCAUUUUCAUAAUUAAUAAAGAGCAAUUUUACUAUUAAGCAUCGUUCAGUUACUAAAAAUAUUGUUGAAAUUUCAAGAGGAGAAGAAAUGAAUACGCUAUUAUUUGUACCUUUUUUAUUGAAAUCAUUAUCUCGAAAUGAAAUUACAAUGAUGAUAUAUAGGCUGUCGGUUACAACGAAUGAUUUUUGUAAAUCUAUCAUUGUACAUGAAUUGUGUAAUAUCAUUUUCGAAUCAUCUGUAAACAUACCAUAUAGAAAUAUAACUUUCUUCAGAAGAAA